AAUAGGAGGACACACAGCCAGACAACACUUACUGGGAGAAAAUUGAUCCCACUGCAAGAGAUUCAGCCAAAGCCCUGCACAAUUUCUCACUCCCUUCUCUCCAAACACACAUGGAUUCAUAACAGCCAUCUCCGGAUUAUAGUCCUAUACACUGAGGGGAUAUAGAAAUAUAUUUCUCAUUUCUACACUAUGGCAAGGUGGAUUGUAUCAUGGGAUUGCUGGAAAACCUCAUUUUUACUGAUAUUUCUGCAGGGGCUUCACACAGCAAGAACAGCAUCUCCAAUUGAUGUUUUACAAGCACUUGAACUCAGGGAAGGGAUUGAAGGAGUUACGAUAGCAGCUGGACUUUGUACGCAGAGGCAAGGGAUUGAAGAGACGGACAUCGCUUUCCGAUUGGAAAAUAGAACUCAUUUUAGCGCUCCAACAAAACAGCUAUUCCCAGAUGGCCCAUUUCCACAAAACUUCUCUAUCCUCCUCACCCUUAAAGUAAAUAAAGGAUCUCAGUUCUUCCUCCUAUCCGUUUAUAAUGAAGAUGGGGAGCAGCAGCUGGGUGUUGAGAUCGGACGUUCCCCAGUUUUUGUGUAUGAAGAUCAACAUGGCCAGCCCACACCUGAAAACUAUCCUUUCUUCAAAAAGAUUAACUUGGCUGAUGGAAAGUGGCACCGCGUAGCGCUGAGUGUGGAAGGUAAAAGUGUGACAAUAAUUGUUGACUGUGAAAAGACACAGACACACGCAUUGGACCGUGGGGAUGACCCUAUCAUCAGUACGGAAGGUGUCACGUUGUUUGGAACUCGAUUACUGGAUGAAGAAGUUUUUGAGGGAGAUAUCCAACAGCUGAUGAUUGUUCCGGAUCCCAAUGCAGCCUUCGAAUAUUGCACCAAUUACAUGCCUGGCUGUGACCAUGCACUGAUCUAUGCUGUGCAGUCCCAGGACCCAGAUUUCAAUACAGAGAGUAUCCAGGAACCUGUCAAACGAAAAAAGGACAGGAAAGGUAAAAAGUCCUCUAAAAAGGACAGAAAGGGUAAAAAGAAGAAGAAAAAAUCUGCAUCCGAGCAGAUCCAUCCCAUUCUCAGCACUAUUAUGACUCUGACCCAAGGAUACACUGCUUCAUCUGUAUCACCAACGAUCCCGGUGGUCAUGACAGAGACACAAAAGAGAGUACGUCCAACAGAAGACCCCAGUUUCUCCGAAUACGACUUUCCAGAUGACUAUUAUUACACUCCGUCUCCAGAAGAGAUCCUAGUGGACAAUGUGACAGUCAGCAUGAAUGGCACUGAUUACGAGGAGAUUGUAGAGGAGUAUGUUGUUGAAAAAGAGGAAGAUGAGAAGAGAGAAAGGGAUUAUGAAAUUAAUGAAUAUGAUGAUGACUAUGAUGAAAGACGGGAGAGGUAUGGUCCAGUCGAACGAGGUCAGGUGGAAACCACAGAAGCAGAAUCCCAGGACAAUGAAGUGAGCAUGAAAGGCGAGAAAGGGGAACCAGCCAUCCUUGAUUCUGGUACUUUGAUUGAAGGUCCACGUGGAAAUCCUGGUUACCCGGGAGAGCCUGGACCUGCUGGGCCUAUAGGUCCUCCUGGACCUGUUGGAGAUCCAGGGGAAAGGGGUCCUCCAGGGCGUCCUGGACUGAAUGGAGCGGAUGGAAUACCAGGUCCUCCUGGAAACACUGUGAUGCUGCCUUUCCAGUUCGGAGGCGAUUCUCGGGGACAAACUGUGUCUUUCCAAGAAGCACAGGCACAAUCAAUUUUACAACAAGCCAAACUGGCUAUGAAGGGACCUCCUGGUCCUACGGGAAUGACGGGACGAGCAGGUCCUCUUGGUCCUCCUGGAUACACAGGUCUGAAGGGUGAUCAAGGAGACGCAGGACCUCCAGGUCCACGUGGCUUUCAAGGAAUUGUAGGACCACCAGGGAAACUUGGCAAAAGAGGAAGGUCUGGAGCUGAUGGUGGCCGAGGUGUACCUGGGGAAACUGGAAUAAAGGGUGAUCGAGGUUUUGAUGGUUUGCCCGGAUUUCCAGGAGAAAAGGGACACAGGGGUGAUUUGGGUGGCCAAGGUGUGUUGGGUCCACCUGGCGAAAAAGGAGAAAAGGGUUCUGAUGGUCAACCAGGUCCUUCCGGGUCUCCUGGAGAAGCAGGUUCACGUGGCUUAGUUGGCCCCAGGGGGCCUACAGGACCUCCCGGUCAGCCUGGUGUGAGUGGAGUUGAUGGGGCUCCUGGACCAAAAGGAAACCAGGGUGUUCAAGGAGAAUCUGGAGCUAAUGGCCAACAAGGAAACCCAGGACCACAGGGAUUGCCAGGACCUCAAGGACACAUUGGCAUGCCAGGAGAGAAGGGUCCACCAGGAAAGCAAGGAAUUUCGGGUCUGGCUGGGUCAGAUGGACCUCCUGGUCAUCCAGGCAGAGAAGGGUCAGCUGGAGAGAAGGGGAUUCAGGGACUUCCAGGAACUCCGGGUCCUAUUGGUUACCCAGGGACGCGUGGUGUUAAGGGAGCCUUUGGUGUAAGGGGACCAAAAGGAAGCAAAGGGGAGAAGGGUGAAGAUGGAUUUCCUGGAGCCAAAGGAGACAUGGGAAUCAAAGGAGACAGGGGAGACCCAGGAACUCUAGGGGGUCGUGGAGAGGAUGGUCCUGAAGGACUUAAAGGUCAAUCUGGACCGCUUGGAGAAAUUGGAGGAUCUGGAAUUCCUGGAGAAAAGGGAAAGUUGGGUGUUCCAGGACUUCCUGGAUAUCCAGGGCGUCAAGGUACCAAGGGUUCUGUCGGCUUUGUAGGAGCCGUUGGGGCGAUUGGAGAGAAAGGCAAGAGGGGUAGAGCUGGGCAACCUGGACAAGCAGGACAACGUGGACCCUCGGGCACACGAGGUGAGAGAGGUCAGAGGGGACCAUCUGGAAAGCCCGGUCUCAAGGGAGAUAGCGGCAAUGAUGGAGUUGCUGGAUCGGCAGGUGAAAAGGGACCCCCCGGACCCCAAGGACCCGCUGGAUUUCCAGGACCUAAAGGACCUCCAGGCAGCUCUGGUAAGGAUGGAUUACCUGGUCAUGCUGGACAGCGAGGGGAGCCGGGAUUUCAAGGCAAAACAGGCCUCCCAGGUCCUACGGGAGUAGUUGGUCCUCAGGGCAAGUCUGGAGAGACAGGACCCAUGGGAGAGCGAGGCCAACCAGGUUCCCCUGGAUCUCCAGGAGAGCACGGAUUACCGGGUGCAGCCGGGCGAGAAGGAGCAAAGGGUGACCCUGGUCCUGGAGGUAUCCCAGGAAAAAGUGGUCCACAAGGAUUACGAGGGUUUGCAGGUGCCAGAGGCAUUGCUGGAGACGCGGGUUCAGCUGGUUUGAAAGGAGGGGAAGGACCUCCUGGUCCAUCAGGAGCACCAGGGCCUGCAGGAGAACGUGGCCCUUCUGGCUCUGCUGGGGGCAUUGGGCUUCCAGGACGACCUGGAGGACAGGGACCAGUAGGACCAGCAGGUGAAAAAGGAAACCCAGGUGAGAAAGGUCCUAUAGGGCCAGCUGGCCAAGAUGGAGCACAAGGCAGUGUUGGGCCUCCAGGACUUGCUGGCGCAUCUGGACCUCCUGGUGAUGACGGAGACAAGGGUGACGUUGGUGGUCCCGGACAAAAAGGAAGCAAAGGUGACAAGGGCGAAUCGGGCCCCGCAGGACCUGUCGGAAUUCAGGGACCAAUAGGUCACCCAGGCACAGCGGGUCAAGAUGGUGAGCCAGGGAGGAGAGGUCAGCAGGGAAUGUAUGGACAGAAAGGAGAUGAAGGUCUUCGGGGAUUCCCAGGUGUGGGAGGUCCGAGAGGACUUCAGGGCAUGCCUGGCCCCCCCGGGGAAAAAGGAGAGAGUGGCAAUGUUGGACAAAUGGGUCCACCUGGAACUCCUGGUCCUAGAGGUCCCAUGGGUCCUAAUGGUGGUGAUGGGCCUCAAGGAAUGCCUGGUGGUACAGGCCAACCAGGAGCUGUGGGAGAAAAGGGAGAGGCAGGAGAGGGUGGAGAUCCUGGUCAGCCUGGAGAACCAGGACCACCUGGUGCCAAGGGUGAUCUUGGUGAAAAAGGGGAAUCUGGACCUUCUGGUGCUGCUGGAACUCCUGGGAAGAAAGGGCGUGCCGGGGAAGAUGGUCCUAAAGGAAACCUGGGUCCAAUUGGAUUUCCUGGAGACCAUGGGCCACGAGGAGAACCUGGGAUACCGGGCAUUGAUGGGGCAUUUGGUCCGAAGGGUGAUGCUGGAGAAAGUGGGAAUCCGGGUCCAACGGGACCACAAGGGGAACCUGGGCCAAAUGGUGCGCCAGGAAGGAGGGGCCCACUUGGACUAGCAGGCAAAGAGGGGAGGCAGGGGGAGAAAGGCAACAAGGGAGAAUCUGGAACAGAAGGAUUUCCUGGGAAGACAGGGCCAGUGGGGCCACAGGGAUCACCAGGAAAAUCUGGAUCAGAAGGUCUCAGGGGUAUCCCAGGACCUGCUGGUGAACCUGGGUUGCUAGGACCACCAGGGCAAACUGGACCACCUGGGCCAAUGGGUCCAAACGGAUUACCCGGCCUUAAAGGAGACCCAGGAUAUAAGGGGGAUAAGGGCCAUGCUGGUUUAAUCGGGUUGAUAGGACCACCAGGAGAAAUGGGAGAAAAGGGAGACAAAGGACCGCCUGGAAACCAGGGAGUGACAGGCCCCAAGGGAGACUCAGGUCCAGUAGGAUUAGCAGGACCAAAUGGACCACCAGGACCAUCUGGACUUUCGGGUUCUGUGGGACAGAAGGGAUCCAAAGGAAAUCCAGGCCCUAUUGGAAUGAGAGGUGAUACAGGACCAGCUGGGCCUCCAGGACCUCCAGGACUUCCCUCACGGAUGAUAGACCCAUUCCCCUAUGAGUCAACAAGGAAGAGAAGGAGGCAGUCUGAGGAGAUGCAAGCUGACCAAGACCUCACUGAUUAUAUGGCUGAUGGAAUGGAAGAAGUAUAUGCCACACUUGGUUCCCUCAAAGUCGAAGUAGAGCAGAUGAGGUGGCCUGUAGGAUCCAAAGACAGCCCAGGAAGGACAUGUAAAGAGCUCCAAAUGUGUCAUCCUGAUUAUAAAGAUGGUGAAUAUUGGAUUGAUCCAAACCAAGGAUGCAACAGAGAUGCAUUCAAAGUGUUCUGCAAUUUCACUGCAGGGGGAGAAACAUGCCUCUCACCAGACAAAAAGUUUGAGUCGGUGAAAGUGGCAGCAUGGAACAAAGAAAUCCCCGGAGAAUGGUACAGCUCAUUUAAACGAGGCAAGAAGUUCCAGUACAUAGAUGCGGAAGGAAAUCCAGUUCAUAUAGUCCAGAUGACCUUCCUCAAACUAUUAAGUGCCACAGGUCGACAAAACUUUACCUAUAAUUGUCAGCAAUCUGCUGCAUGGUAUGAUAUUUCCCAGAGGAACUACAACAGGGCACUUAAGUUCCGUGCUGACAAUGAGGAGGAACUUUCACAGAGCCGUACACCCCAACUCAGGGCUACAUAUGAUGGGUGCCAGCUUCGUAAAGGUGUAGAACGAACAGUGCUGGAGGUGAACACUUUCAAAGUGGAACAUCUUCCUCUCAGGGAUGUGGCUAUCAUUGACUUUGGAGACAACAACCAAAAAUUUGGCUUUCAACUGGGGCCUGUUUGCUUCAAUGGUUAAGAGUAAAAUAGACUAAAACUGACAUUAAGAAGAUACAUCUUAUUAUUGAAGAAAUACAAAAAAACAACAACUUGAGUUUCACAGCCAAAAACUCCACUUGUCACCAAUGACAACGAUUUAACUACAUGGUUUUCUUUCUUCUUAUUUUUUUUUAAAUCUUUUUUUUUGUUGUUUUUUUGUUUUUUUUUUGUUAACUACGGGGGAUUCUAGAUUUGUGUUUCCAGAAAAAAGGUUCACCCUUGUGUUUCAUUACAAAAGGAUGGGGCCAAAUAACCACCAACAUUGUUCUACAAUAUUUGGUGAGAGAAAGACCACAAUGAUGGUCACUGUACAGUUAAUAAGAAAAAUGUGACACAUGGUUGUUUCUUAACUGUAUAUAGAUAUUCCCCAGUCUCCGAACGAGUUCAUAGUUUUGCACUGGAGCAUUAUGGUCAUUCAGGCCUAUUUUUAAUGGGCCUCCUCACAUAUGGAACAUCUUGAAAUAGAUUGCUCUGAUUGACUCAGGCCAUUGUCAAUGAUAUACUGAACACAGUCUCUACCCCCCCCCCCCCCCCCCACCUGUCAUGUUUGAGUAUUAAACAUGCAUUUUGUGUCUGUAAUUGGGACCCUGAUUUAUAUAGGGUUAAUAAGUUAGUGACACCUUUUCUAUCUUCGGAGAUGCCUCUAUUUUCUUAAGAGAGCAGUGGUGCUAACUAUGUUAACUUAUAUACUAAAUGUACUGUAUAUGCAAUGUGUAUAGCUUCUCUGACUCUAUUAAACUGAUAUUUCGGCUCUGUGUAUUAAGGCAAAUGAUGUAAUGUUUUGCUGCCUUUAUUCAUGUUCUCCAAAAUUCCUCCUAUAGCACCAUCUACCUUCUUCCAAUAGUACAUACCAUAGGUUCCUUCAAACAUAAUUUAACUCUCUAAAUUAGGAAACAAGCCUGUUCCUUGGGUAAUAAUAUGACACGUGAAAUAUAUAUUUAUUUCACUUCAUUGCAUGGCAAAAAAACGGUCUCUGCUUUGCUUUAAUACACAGAUCCCUAAGGUCCAUUGUUUACUCUGGAGACAUUAAACCCCAUUUAGUUAGAAGAAUAAUGGAAAUUGG